AUGUCCUAUUUUUUUCUUUUUUCAGAUUUUUUCUUCUUUUUCAUUCAGAUUUUUUUAUUUUUCUUCCUUCAUUUUUUCUUCAUCUUCAUUCAGAUUUUUUCAUUAUGUAAUUUUCUCCUAAUACUCCCCAGCAUUUUUUUUUCUUUUCUGCUUUUUGCUGUAAUUCUUUCUUUCCUUCUUUUUUCUUUCUAUUUAUUUUUCUUCCUCUUUUUUUUUUCUUUUAUCAAUUUCUGGUUUUCAUUCCUGAUCCUUCCAUUUGCCAGUUUUUCUUUCUUCUCCUUUUCAUUCAUUUCCUGUUUUUUCAUUCAUUUCCUUUAUUUUUUAUUCAUUUCUUAUAUUUUCUUCAUAUUUAUAAUCUUUCUUCAUUCAUUUUUCCUUAUCCAGUUUAUUCAUCUCAUUGACGAUUUUUCUUCCUCUUCUCAUAGUCUUUCUUCUUCCUUGCCUCUUCCUCUUCUCAGUCUUUCUUCUCCCUCUUCUCAGCCUUUCUUCUCCCUCUUCUCAGCCUUUCUUCUCCCUCUUCUCAGCCUUUCUUCUCCCUCUUCUCAGUCUUUCUUCUCCCUCUUCUCAGCCUUUCUUCCUUCUUGUCUCUGCCUCCUCUUCUUCUCAUAUUCUUUCUUCUUCCUUAUCUCCACUUUUCCUCUUCUCGCAUGUUUUUCUUUUUCUUUGUCUCCUUCUCUUCAUCUUCUUGCAGUCUUUCUUCUUCCCUCCUGUGCCAAAUUCUCGUUCUUUCCACCCCUUUUCCCCCCUCUCCCUCCUCCCCUCACGUACUUGCUGUCCCUGCCCCUCUUGUAUUCCCGCACCCGCAGGGCAUUAAAAUCUGUGAAGUUCUUUCAAUGCAAAGAGCUGAAACUGUCUCAUCAAGAAACUAACUACAAAGAUAACAACAGAACCGCGACCACCACUGCCACCGCGAAAACGCAUAUUCCCACUGGCGUAAAAAAUGGCAUGACCCGAAGGUGCUGGUGUGUUUUAUUAGGCAGACAUUUCUUGUAUUAUAAAACUCCAACUGAUAAGACCCCACUUGGUCAGAUGAAUUUACGAGAUGCAAGGCUAGAAGAAAUCGAACAUCCAGAUGAAUCUGAUGAGGAUUCUUCUAUUUUGGUCGUACGAAAACAUGUUAUAGCGAUAUGGCUACCUCUACAAGGUCCGACCUACCUCAUUAUACCAACUAAACAAGAAAAGGACUCUUGGUUAUAUCAUCUGACGGUAGCUGCUGGCGGAGGAACUGGAAAUGUUGGAACCGAAUAUGAACAGUUGGUUGCAAAAGUAAUGGAAGUCGGUGGAAAUUUAAACUCCAUGUAUUGGAAACACCCAAAAAUGCUACACACCAAAGAACCAAUUUCAUCACCCAUGACCACACUGCCAUCAGAGGAGCUACAAGAAAGAGCUGUUGAUCUUUUCAAGUUGGUCUUUCAGUUCAUGAAUGCCCAGAUUGAUACUCGAUCUCUUGACUAUCAUGUGAGCCUGGCUCAAACCAUCCUGGGACUGUGUAUUGACCACCCUCAGUUGCAAAAUGAACUCUACUGCCAGUUGGUACGACAAACAUCACGUCAUCCUGUACAGAGCAAGAUGGGUGGAGUACAGAAUCUCCUCCUCUGUGGAAAACAUUCCUGGUUUAUCUGUGAUGGCGCCCACAAAUCCCCAUCAUCUUCAGUGAUGGACCUCAGGGGUGGCAGCUCCUCUCCAUGUGUGUCUCAUUGUUCCUACCAAAACAGAGUGUCAUGUGGUUACUAA